GCCCAAUAUCCAGUUAUUUUCCCGCCAACCCAGCCCAUGAGCCCACAUCCCUUCUAAUUUUUCCGCCACUGAUUAAUCUCCCAUCUCCAGCUCUCCCUUCCUUCUCCUUUCCCCGCCAUGGCGAUGGCGCUCUCACCUUUUCUUCCUCCUCCUCGGUUACUCCCCAAAAUUCCCGCUCAAUUUCCAUUACUCUCCUCUCCAAAACCCUCCCGCUUCUCCUCCAAGUUCCUUCCCAGAGCCGUAGGAGAAUGGCAAGAGUACGAGGAGGCCGUGAAGCGAAAGGACCUCGCCAGGGCCCUCAGGUUCCUGACAUCCUUGCAGCCCAACUCAACCACUCGCCGUCCGUAUCCCUCCCCCGCCGACUCUUCUCCGUCCGAAAUCGACGGGUUCGGCUCCGGGUUGGGUUCCAUUGAUGGAUUGCAGCGGGAUUGGGAGGUUCUGGAUACUUGUAUGAACGCCGACGACAUGAGGCUCGUCGCCGCUGCUUACAAAUUCCUCAAGCACAGAGGCUUCCUCCCCAAUUUUGGAAAGUUCAGCAGCAUUGUUUUGGAGGGACCUAGAGAUGUCACGCCCACUGUUUUGAAGUCUGCCACUGGACUAGAAGUGACCAAAUUGGCUCCGCAAAAAUGGGGGAUUUCUGGAUCGUCAAACAUCGCAGUGGCUGCUUUUCUAGGGGCAACUUGUUUACUGCAGUGGAAAGGAAUCGAUGUUAGAACCAACCUUUCUGCAGUAUUGGGUUUAGCCCUUCUCGAUAACAUCUUCUUAGGUGGAACCUGCUUAGCUCAAAUCUCAAGUUACUGGCCUCCAUACAGGCGUAGAAUCCUUGUUCAUGAAGCAGGCCAUCUUCUGGUAGCAUACCUUAUGGGUUGUCCCAUUCGUGGCGUGAUUUUAGAUCCUAUAGUUGCUGUGCAAAUGGGCAUUCAAGGGCAGGCGGGAACUCAGUUCUGGGAUGAAAAAAUGAGUAAUGAGCUUGCUGAAGGCCAGCUUAGUGGCGCUGCCUUUGACAGAUACUCUAUGGUGCUUUUUGCCGGCAUUGCAGCUGAAGCUCUUGUUUAUGGUGAGGCAGAAGGGGGAGAAAACGAUGAGAAUCUGUUUAGGAGCAUUUCCGUUCUUCUCGAACCCCCACUAUCUGUAGCACAGAUGUCGAAUCAAGCUAGAUGGGCAGUACUGCAGGCUUACAAUAUGCUGAAAUGGCACAGGGAAGCUCACACAGCCGCUUUUAAGGCAAUGGAAAGUGGAGGGAGUCUGAGUGUUGUGAUCAGGAGAAUCGAGGAAGCUAUCAGUUUCAAUAGAUGACAUAUACUAGAAAUUCAACAUCAUUGUGGUUUUACUGCCCAUAACUAAUAUAUAUCUCCUUCGAGGAAGCGCAAGGCAAGCAACACCAGCAACUGGAGCAGUAGACUUCAUUUGUUUCUACAAGAUGCUGUAAUCGGAAGAGCAGCAUAAGUGUGCAUAUGUUGAGGUCAAUGCUGAGCAAGAAGAGAUUGGUGCAACCAGUGGCAAUAGAUCACGAGAUUGAUAAAUGUUAUAGGAUAUCCAGCAUCUAUAUGAAGCUGGAGAAUGUACUCAGAGCUGUACAAAAUGAGUACCACUUUUAAAGUCUCGUGUUUUGCAUUGGAGACUAGUUUAAGCAUUCACAGCUCAAAGCCUCAAAAUGACAAAUUGACGUCACAUCCUUGAGCUUAUAGUGUACUAAAAAACAUUGAUUGGUUUGUGUAAUUAUCAUAGAAGAACUGCAUUUUUGAGAGAGACCCCGGGAGCCGAUACUUCAACCAUCUUUGCUUGUUUUCUCCAGAUCCAGACUAAAUUCAUGGGUUGCCAUCACAAAAAUGAAGUGAAAUAUAGUUUUGCC